AUGUCUUCACAAUUACCAGAACACAACGAAGCAAGUUUACCACCACAAGAAAUCCUUGAUCUUUUCAAGAGAACCUUUGAUGAUGAAUUAUAUGGGAAUGACGAUGAAGAAGAAACUGGUUUAGAAAAAUUGCAAUCGCAGAUACAAGAAGUUAAAUCUCAUUUAUAUGAUAGAGAUUAUAUUGGUGCAUUUGAUAAUGAUAUAAAGAGAGUCGCAUAUUGUUGUCGAUGGUCUCCCGCUAGAGCCCUUGGUUAUGCAUCAUUAUUUUCUCAUUUCGAACCUAUCAAAGAUAUACUUACUUGUAAUGAACAAGAAGACAAAUCUGUGUUGUGUGUUGGUGGUGGUGCAGGUGCAGAAUUAGUAUCAAUUGCAUCUAUUUUCACUCCAUCCAGACCAUUUAUGUCAAAAUAUUCAAAGAAAAAUAAUGAUGAGACAACAACAUCAAAUGGGAAAUUGAAUUUACACCUUGUAGAUAUUGCAGAAUGGAAUCAUGUCACUGAAAGAUUAUUGAAACAAAUUGAAACACACUGGCUUUAUGCAAAUGAGUUCGAAUCAUUCAAUGUAAAUUGUGAACUUAAUGAUGUAUUAACAAUGAAUUCUCAAGCGUUACAAUUGAAUAAACUUGAUUUAAUAACAUUACUCUUUACAACUAAUGAAUUGUUUAAAGAACAAAAAGCUGGAAGUAUACGAUUUUUACAAAAUUUAAACAAGAAUUGUCAAAAGGGAUGUUUGUUACUAAUUGUAGAGAGUGCCGGUUCUUAUAGUCACAUUACUGUUGGUACAAAAAAAUUUCCACUACAAUUUCUCAUUGAUACUAUUCUAUGUGGUCAACGAGGUGAAGAAUCAAAAGGAGAUUGGGAAAUUAUUGAUCAAAAUGAUAGUAUGUGGUACAGAUGUGGUACAAGAUUAGAUUAUCCGAUUAAGCUUGAAAACAUGCGUGUUUUCUACAGACUCUACCGCAAAAAGAACUGA